ACUUUUUUGUAAUAAGACUUUUAUUAUUUAAAUGCAUACAUUGUAAUACAAUAUCAAACCCAUAAUGAGUUUUCUCAAGCGCGUGCACACUCCAGUCCAGCAGUUGGCGGGAAAGCGCCAUUAAACACAAGAAGAAGAAGUCAGCCCUCAGUCGAGCUGUUUGUGUUCAGAUGUUCAUCAUGAGAGCGCAGGUGGAUGUGAUCUGCUGUAAAUCAGUAGGAACUGAUCUGUCCAUGCUGGAUAUUGAUGAUUUCAUCACAGAAAUCUCUCAGCUGAAGAAAGAGGUGACGUCACUGAAGACAAAACUGAUGGAGAGAGACGACAGGUUACAGGAGCUGGAAAAGGUUUCCUGUCAAUUUUCAGUGUGUGUGACUGAUGGGACCUCCACAGAAUGUCAGGAUUCAGUGUGGAGCGGCAGAGAUCAGUCCACACCACAGCGACUGCUGGACAAACUCUCUGAACAGAGAUCCAGAGACACACAGGACUCACAGCUCACUUUACUCUGUUCUACUGACGGUAAUCAGGGUGAUCAAACCUCCACAGAGUCUCAGACUUCUGUCUGUAAUGCUGGAGAACAGCAGAUGCUGCAGAUACCUGUGAAGAAUGAAGUGAAGCUGGAGGAGAUAAAUGAAGAAAACACAGCAGAGGAACAACAGAGAGAAGAUGAUGAUGAUGAUGAUGAUGAUGAUGAUCAAACCUCCACAGAGUCUCUGACUUCUGUCUGUAAUGCUGGAGAACAGCAGAUGCUGCAGAUACCAGUGAAGAUUGAAGUGAAGCUGGAGGAGAUAAAUGAAGAAAACACAGCAGAGGAACAACAGAGAGAAGAUGAUGAUGAUGAUGAUGAUGAUGGUAAUCAGGGUGAUCAAUCCUCCACAGAGUCUCUGACUUCUGUCUGUAACGCUGUAGAACAGCAGAUGAUGCAGACACCAGUGAAGGUGAAGAUGUGUUCAGUGAAUCUGCUGGACUGCAGGAACCUGAUGAAGAUGAGAGAAACCACAGCAGAGGAACAACAGAGUUAUGAUGGUGAUGAUGAUGAUGAUGGUAAUCAGGGUGAUCAAUCCUCCACAGAGUCUCUGACUUCUGUCUGUAAUGCUGGAGAACAGCAGAUGCUGCAGAUACCAGUGAAGAUUGAAGUGAAGCUGGAGGAGAUAAAUGAAGAAAACACAGCAGAGGAACAACAGAGAGAAGAUGAUGAUGAUGAUGAUGAUGAUGGUAAUCAGGGUGAUCAAUCCUCCACAGAGUCUCUGACUUCUGUCUGUAACGCUGUAGAACAGCAGAUGAUGCAGACACCAGUGAAGGUGAAGAUGUGUUCAGUGAAUCUGCUGGACUGCAGGAACCUGAUGAAGAUGAGAGAAACCACAGCAGAGGAACAACAGAGUUAUGAUGGUGAUGAUGAUGAUGAUGGUAAUCAGGGUGAUCAAUCCUCCACAGAGUCUCUGACUUCUGUCUGUAACACUGGAGAACAGCAGAUGCUGCAGAUACCAGUGAAGAAUGAAGUGAAACUGCUGGAGAUAAAACAAGAGGAACACAGUGAUGAAGAUGGCUAUUUUAUUCCUCCAGAUCUGAUGGAAGUGAAAGAGGAAUGUCAAGAGCUGAAUGAAGAGGAGGAGAAACAUCAGCAUCAGAAACAUCAUGAUUUCACAACUGGAGAAGAAUCUUUGAGUGGCUCAGAGACUAAGAAGAAUUUCUCACCAAAAUAUCCUCAAAGACGAGCAGCCAAAAAUACUUUCACCUGCCCUCUGUGUGGAAAGAGUUUCAUGUAUAAUAAAGCUUUUAAUAAACACAUGAGAAUUCACACUGGAGAAAAGCCUUUCUCAUGCCAUCAGUGUGGAAAAGGAUUUAUUCAAAAAGAACAGCUUAAUGUACACAUGGUCAUUCACACUGGAGAGAGACCUUACACAUGCCAUCAGUGUGGAGGGAGUUUCACUUUUAAAGGAAACCUUAGUAGACACAUGAAAAUUCACACUGGAGAGAAGCCUUACUCAUGCCAUCAGUGUGGAAAGAGUUUCACAGAUGCAGCUUAUCUCAAGAAACAUCUCCGCUGUCACUCCACUGAAAGAGCAUUUGAAUGUGAUAUAUGUGGUAAAACAUUUGUUAUUGCACAAUACUUGACAAAACAUCUGAAAACGCACAGGAAUGAGAAGCCUUACAAGUGUUCUUUUUGUGAAAAGAGUUUUUUACGUCUGUCCUAUUUGAAAGAGCACCUCAAAAUACAUACUGGCAUGAGGACUCAUGUGUGCUCUGAAUGUGGAAAGACAUUUACUACAGUCAGCCACUUGAAAGUUCACCAAAAAACUCAUACUGGAGAAAGACCUUACAAGUGCUCAUACUGUGAAAAAAGUUUCCCUCUGUUAAAUUACGUGAAAACACACGAGCGAAUUCAUACUGGAGAAAAACCUUUCAAGUGCUCACACUGUGAGAAGAGUUUCACUCAGUCACAACACCUGAAAACACAUGAGAGAAUCCAUACUGGAGAAAAACCAUACAAGUGCUCGACCUGUGGAAGGUGUUUCAAUCAGAUAAAUUCCCUGAAAACACAUGUGAGAAUUCAUACAGGAGAAAAACCAUACAAGUGCUCAACCUGUGGAAGGUGUUUCACUCUGCCAAAGUCCCUAAAAACACACAUGAGAAUUCAUACAAGAUAGUCUUGUCUGAUUAUUGUGAUGACUCCACCACAAGAUGUCAGCGCCUUCAAUCAUUAGAUUACAUGCACGCAUUGACGGCAUUAUGUUUACAACUAAUGUCAUCAGAACAUGUUAUGUCGUUCUGUAUAGUGGUUCUUGUGUUCCAGGAGCUGAAUCUUAUUAAAUGUGAACAUUCGCAAAAGCGAUGUAUUAAAUGUAUUUUUUUUUUCAUUCAUGAGA